GUAUACAUAAGAUGUAAAACACGAGCCUACAAGGUAGUAAGCACUAAGCAAUUAAUAGUGAAAAUGAAGAUCCAAGAUAUAUCGAGAAGUGAUGCAUGUCAACGUAACCGUACUUGUGAGAUCCAAUCAUCCAACACACGAGCAAGCAUAGGAUGACCACUUAAAAAAAUCCAAAACCAUAACUAGGAGUUUGCUCAAAGAAUGAUUGAGACAGCGCACGUGAAACAACCUUAACAAGCAUGGGGAUUGGAUCUAACCCUGCCAUGCCACUCUUGCUAAUGAAGAACCGAAAGAUGAGGUGGUUUUGUGUGAUCAAAGCAGAAACCUACCCAACAUGUGCAUUGAAAAAAGCGCACAAACUAUGAUCACAAAGCGGUCAACAAAGAAAGAAAGAGAAAGGGAGGUGUUGACUGCGGCAUCUUGUGGGUGAGCUACCUGCCUCUCUCACACGCACAAUAUAGCGUUGAAUUCUUUAAUAUAAUCAUGCGCCUUUGAUGGAUGCUCUUUGGGCCUCUUUACCCAUGUUACCCCUAUUGCAUGCAAUUUCAAUUGCCAUAACAUAACCCCCUUUAUAUAUAAAAAGAAUAGGGAGCUACAACCAAAAAUAUGCACACAAGAAAACAAAAAGCAAAAGAAAAUAUUUCCUUUUUGCUUUGUCUCAAAGAAUUGAAAGACUGGUAGAGUGUGUUUCUCUAAGAGAAAACAAUGGGACGCAUUCCAUGCUGUGAGAAGGACAAUGUGAAAAGGGGACAAUGGACUCCGGAGGAAGAUAACAAGCUCUCCUCCUACAUUGCUCAACAUGGAACCCGCAAUUGGCGCCUUAUCCCCAAGAAUGCUGGUCUCCAGAGAUGUGGAAAGAGCUGCAGGCUAAGGUGGACAAACUACCUUCGUCCUGAUCUCAAACAUGGCCAAUUCUCUGAUUCUGAAGAACAAACUAUUGUGAAGCUUCACUCAGUUUUUGGCAACAGGUGGUCACUGAUAGCAGCACAGCUGCCGGGACGCACCGACAACGAUGUGAAAAACCACUGGAAUACCAAGCUGAAGAAGAAGCUUUCAGGCAUGGGAAUUGACCCUGUGACACACAAGCCAUUCUCACACCUAAUGGCUGAAAUCGCCACAACCUUGGCACCGCCACAGGCAGCGCACCUUGCCGAAGCAGCACUUGGCUGCUUCAAGGAUGAGGUACUCCACCUUCUGACCAAGAAGCCAAUUAGCUUCCAAGGCCAACACUCAACUAUGACACAAGGGAAUAACAUCACAGAUUAUAUUAACUGUAAACCAGAAGAAAAGGAUGACACUGUUGAAAAGAUUAAGCUUGGAUUAUCAAAGGCAAUACAGGAAGAACCUGAAAUGAUGCCCUCAAAUAAGCAUUGGGAUUCCAGUGCAGCUACAUCUGCAAGCUAUGCAAUGUCAUACAGCGUAUUCCCACCCAUGCCCGGGUUUCAGUAUAACCCAGUACCUUUUGGGACUAAAGGGGAUGCUUCACCAUGGAGCCAAAGUGUAUGCACUGGGAGCACAUGCACAGCUGUAGAUCAGCAAAACCAGUUACAUGAAAAGCUUGAAGAAAAUGGGGAUGAUUCCGAAGCUACAAAAGAAAUUAGAAACUUAUCCAAUAUUUUCAACUCAGAUUGUGUCUUGUGGGAUUUACAAGCAGAUGAUCUAAUGAACCCAAUGGUGUAA